AUGGCCGAGAGCGAGGUCCCGGCUGGUUACACCCUGCUCGAGGGCUACCCCUCGGUCGACGACUACGUCCACCUCCGCGCGGCGUCGGGCCUGACGCUCAGGAGCGCCGACGCAGGCGGCGGCGGCCCUCCGGGGCAGCUGUGGUAUUUCCUGAUAGCGGACAUGGCGACACUCCCCAAGCACCGCCGCAAGGGUCUAGCCGAUGUCAUACUCAAGAGGCUGUUGGCGAGAAUCAAGAGUCACGCGGCCAAGGGCACCGCAUACGUCACGUUGGGUGCAGAUGUGCCGGGUCGUCGACUCUACGAGAGGAACGGGUUCAAGGACACUAUGCCAAAGGAGAUGGGCAUGAGCUUGAAAACCGAGGAUGCAGGUCAGUAG